UCGGAGCACUUCCCCUUUGCGGUAGCCAUGCAUUUCGGAUUAUUAUUCUCAGUUGUCUUGUUAUGUAUUUUUUCCCGCUCAAGUGCGGAAAAAGUAUGCGAAAUGUCAACGAUCUGUGGUAAUGCUGCUUCAAUAAGAUCUCAGAUGAUUGCUGUGCGAGUGGAGCAGGAGCGCCAUGGAGAAUUACUGGACGACCUGGCCCAGAAACUGGACACUUGCCUGUCCAAAACAGGAGUGGAGACAAAGCUGUACGGGAAAAGUUGUGCCGAACCCUCGAUCUUAACGCAGCACAGCGAGAUCAAUGUGAUCGUGGUGCCCGAGUACAGUAAACACCCCUUUGUGGUGGCCUGUGACCAGUUGUCCCAUGGUGGAGGCUGGACCAUCAUCCUGCGGCGUACUGACGGCAGUGAGGACUUCUACCGGGACUGGAAUGACUACAAGAACGGGUUUGGCAAGCUAGAAAAUGAGUUCUUCCUCGGCCUCGACAAACUGCAUGCCAUGAGCUCGGCUCAGGGCCAGGAACUUCUCGUUCUCUUGGAGGACAAUGGGGGCGAGCGGCGAUACCAGAUGUACGACAACUUUAAAAUCGGCUCAGAGCAAGAUGGAUUUACCUUGGAAUCGCUAGGAAAUACCUCUGGGAACGCCGGCGAUGCCCUCGCCACGCAUCUGGGCCAAAAGUUCACCACAAGAGAUCGCGAUAAUGAUAAGCAUGCAGCGAGCAACUGCGCAGUCACCUACUCCAGUGCAUGGUGGUACAAUGCGUGUCAUCACAGCAAUUUGGCUGGCAAGUAUGGCGAUAACACACACGGAAAGGGCAUCAACUGGUAUCAGUUCAAGGGUCAUACGUACUCGCUGAAGCGUGCUCAGAUGAUGAUAAGGCCGAGAAAGCAAUGCCAUUAAGAUUUACGAGUAAUUAAGUAGGGUCUUGCUCAAAUAAAACAAUGUAUUAAAUG